AUGCACUUCACAGCUCUGUUCACAAACAUCCUCCUUGCGUGCUGGUCGAUAGCGUGCCACGCUGCCGAAAGCUCGAGUGUGCGCAAUGUCACGACAUCCGAUGGGGUCCGGCUGGCCGUCAUACAGGCUGGACCGGCUAAUGGCCACGCACUACUGUUUAUCCCAGGCUGGCGCCAAACUGCCGCCCAGUGGAAGAAGCAGGUCGAACAUUUUUCCCAGGCUGGCUACCGGGUGACGGCAUAUGACUAUCGCGGUCACGGGGACUCGGAGAAGCCUCACUAUGGAUAUCGACUGUCUAGAUUUGGUGCAGACCUCAAAGACAUUCUGACUGGCCUGGACCUUCGCAAUGUUACCAUCAUCGCACAUUCCAUGGGCUCUUCCGUAACCUGGGCGCUAUGGGAUCAGUAUCCCAAGCAACGAUGGCGGAUGAAAAGCUUCGUAAUCGCAGAUCAGUGCUCCGUUCUCGUACAAGAUCCAACCUGGACCCAAGCUCAACGCGACACAUGGUCGUGCGCCUUGUUCGAGCCCUCUCGGGUGUAUACCUUGUCCGCCAACCUGUCGAGCGAACUGAGACCAUUAAUUACCAGCAUGUUCACGAAGGAGAUCUCUCAACACGACUUGGAUUGGAUGUUAGCACAGAACUUGAAAAUGAGCGACAGCAACGCCGCAACUUUGUUGAUCAAUCACGCCUCCGCAGACUGGCGAGACCUACUUCCAACUAUCAACAUUCCUACAAAGGUGCUUUCUGGAGCGGUCAGCAUAAAUAAUGCGACUGGUAUCAACUGGGCAGCCACCCAAAUCCCAGGCGCUACGACGUAUACAUUCACAGCAGAAGAGUUGGGCAGUCACUUCGUGUUCUGGGAGAAUCCGAAACGAUUUAACCAGAUCGUUCAAGAUUUUAUCUCCUCGUAA